ACAAUCACUCGGCGGCGCCAUGGCAACCAGGACGUCAGCAUGAGACGGCAGCUGGAUGCCAUCUGAAUUUCUCCUUCCUUGGGAUCGGAAGCAUUUGAGGUGAAGAGAGAUGGAGCAGGGCAGCAUGGGGAGAUGAGAUGCAGAAGCACGGCCAGGGGGGAGCGUUUCCCCUUGGGGGGGGAUGGCAAAGGGAAAGGAGGAAGUGCAACAUGUUUGACUUUCAUUUAACCCUCGGCGGACCAACAUCCAGACGUAGAGCCAUGGUGAAUAUUGAAACUGGCCUCCAAAAUGAAGCUGCUGGCCUCUGCAACCAAAAUUCUCCAUGGGGAACAUUGCUGAAUUGGGAAUUGUGCUUGGAAACAGUCCUCUAAGGGAAAGACUGACUAUGCUGCUCUCCCAAGACAUGGAUCACCACACCACGCCUCUUCUCACCCCAACCUCAGGUCUCCUGCAACAAAACCAUCCUCAGGCAGAAACCUCGAACCCUUUGGGAAGCCACGAGGCCACUACCUUGUCCAAGGAGCCUGGGUUAGAGAAAAACAGCACAGCUUCACAGUAUGAGUUGAUGCCUGAAGAAAUCAUCAUUGCCAGCUUGCUUUGGGGGUUGUUAUGGUUAUUCUCCAUCUUCGGAAACUCCCUGGUUUGCCUCGUCAUCUACAGGAGCAGGAGGACUCAAUCGACCACCAAUUAUUUCGUGGUCUCCAUGGCCUGUGCAGACUUGCUGAUUAGUGUUGGGUGCACACCGCUUGUUCUGUUCCAGUUAGCGUCUGACGGAUGGACAUUGGGGAGCAUGAUGUGCAAGACAAUCAGGUAUUUUCAGUAUCUCACCCCCGGGAUUCAAAUUUAUGUCUUGCUUUCCAUCUGUGUUGACAGGUUCUACACUAUCGUCUACCCGCUAAGUUUCAAGGUGACGAGGGAAAAAGCCAAAAAAAUGAUUGCGGCGUCUUGGAUCUUCAAUUCAGCCUUGAUGUCUCCGGUUUUCAUUUUUGGGGGCUUGGACGGAGACCAUCACUGCCGAUUUUUCCCUCCUUAUUCUUGGGAUGGCGCCGUUUAUAGCAUCAUCCAUGUAUUAGUAGCUUUCCUGAUUCCAUCAGUUCUCAUCAUUUUCUUUUACCAAAAAGUCAUCAAGCACAUUUGGAAAAUCGGGAGCGAGGGCAGAACAGUCCGGAGGACGAUGAACGUGGUCCCUAGGACAAAGGUGAAAACAAUCAAAAUGUUCCUGAUGUUAAAUGCUCUCUUUCUGCUCUCGUGGCUCCCAUUUUACGUGGUCCAACUGUGGCACCCGCUUGAGACUGAUCGUAGGAAAAGCGCCUUGGUCUUUUUGAUGGUGACUUGGAUAUCGUUUAGUUCCUCGGCCUUGAAACCUAUGUUGUAUUCGGCAUAUAAUGCCAACUUCAGGAGGGGGAUAAGAGAGACUUUCUGCAUGUCCUCCAUGAAAUGUUACCGGAGUAAUGCCUACACCAUCACAACCAGCUCCAAGAUGGCCAAGAAAAAUUACGUGGGGAUCUCAGAAUUCCCCGUUGUGCCAAAAACUGUUUCCAAAGACACCAUAUACGAUUCUUUCAACAGAGAAGCAAAAGAGAAAAAACUUGCCUGGCCUAUUAAUUCAAACCCACCAAACACAUUUGUAUAAUUAAUGCCGCCGGUCCUUUCAAAGGCUCUUCCUUUGAACAGAUGCCAUCUACAUGAAGGAUUUCCAUACAACUGAGCAGGGAAAAUAAAUGCUUUGUUUUAUUGA